UGAAUUGUGUAAAGUGAGCAUGUCAGUUCACAGAGUAUUAACUUAAACCAAUUACAUUAUGAAAUCUUUUGGGGAUUGUGUUUACACUAUAUGUUAUUACUGCAUCCUGUACAACAAUACUGAGGGGCAAAUGAUAUCUGCCAUUAUUUAUAAGUAUAAAUUUGAUCUAACAACUAUUUUCACUUGUCGCAAAGAACUGCUCCUUUUAUAUAGUGUUAACAGAAUAUAUCUCUAUUUAUUUUUACUUAGAGCAAAUAGAACACGUGCACGAGCUACGUGCUCUUCGGAUGUUUACUUUUUUGCUUCUGUUCCGGAGUAUUCUGUCACGUCGCGAGACGUAAUGGAGUAGAGUGCGGAAGCAGGUAAAGAUGUAUUUAUUUAAGGGCAGACAGACAAAUCCAAAUCGUACUCCAAAAAACGUAGUCAAGACAGGCAAAGGGAAUCAGAGUCUCGGUCACAGAAAACCGAGUCAAAACAAGAAACAUGAAGUAGUACUAUGGACUGGGAGCGGAAAAACCAGCGGGGACUAAAUUAACUGAUCUAUAGUUUGAACUAACUAAAUCUAUCAAGGAACAGAACAUUAACAACGUGUUUAACUAUCCUAUAUCUACUAUAAUAUUCCGCGAGGUGUACAGGGAGGCGAGCGGUAUAUAUCCCCAAUAUAAUCAGUCGUAUAGAACCAUUUUUUGCACUCUUGUGCACUUUUUAAUGCACUUUUUAGUUGUAAACUACAGAGUGUUCCAUUCUUUCAGCAGUCAGUUAUAGGCCUAACAUCAGCUAUUCAAGGGGCUCAAAGAUGACCACAUAAAAUAUUUAUAUUUUACUCAUUUAUUUAUUUAAAGUUAUAUUGUGCCUUGUUGGUAGCCUAUGCCUGCUGGAAUGAAAGAAAGAUGUUGUACUGUAUGUGAUUAAAUGCAUUAGAGAAUCAUGAAAACAUAAUACAAAUGAAUUCUCAGCAAAACAGAUCCGGCUCAAAGAGUCGACUCAUUCCCGAUCGACUCAUCACCUGUAAUGAAUCCUCCUUCCUAAAGUGAAAGUGUUUCUCCCUCAGACUCGACUACAUUUUGUGGAGCUCUUGGAGAAGUUAAAACAAAUCUUUAAGGCAGAAACGGUGUUAUUAAUGUCACACAACAAGAACUGUUGACUGAGGGAGUGUGCUCCAUUCCAGCAGAAGAGAUCAGACUCUUCAGGACUCAGCUGUGUGUUUGUGCAAACUUUACUAAUAUUCAAAGAUGGAGACUCCUGAUCUGGACACAGAUAAUGUUUCCCCACACCCCAAAACUGGUAAACCCAGCUGUAUCUCCAUGAAGAGUGAUCAGUCUAUGAGUAUUCCUCUGAGAUUUAAAGAUGGAGACUCCUCACUUCCACACAGUGUUCUACAGAGAGCAGGAGACAGAAUAGAGAAGAACAUCACAGAUACAGGGCACGACCCAGAAUCUGCUGCUGUGAAUGAAUUCCAGAAAAAGUUCAAAUUAAAUCUGAUGAAGAAGUUUGAGUGUUUGAAUGGAGUGAUAAUAAACCUGGGAAACCAAACACUCCUGAAUGAGAUCUACACAGAGCUCUACAUCACAGAGGGAGACAGUGGAGAAGUCAAUAAAGAACAUGAGGUGAGACAGAUCGAGGCAGCAUCCAGGAGAACAAGAACAGAGGAAACACCAAUCAAAUGCAAUGACAUCUUUAAGCCCUUAUCUGAACAAGACGAACCCAUCAGAACUGUGCUGACAAAGGGAGUCGCUGGCAUCGGAAAAACAGUCUCUGUGCAGAAGUUCAUUCUGGACUGGGCUGAAGGGAAAGCAAAUCAGGACAUCCACCUCAUAUUUCCACUUCCUUUCAGAGAGCUGAAUCUGAUGAAGGACCAGAAACUGAGUCUGAUGGAGCUCCUUCAUGUCUGUUUUAAUGAAACAAAAGAAACAGAAAUGUCCAGUUUGGAAAAGGUUCUGUUCAUUUUUGACGGAUUGGACGAGUGUUAUUUUCCUCUAGAUUUCCAGAACACAGUGAGAGUGUGUGAUGUAACUGAAUCAGCAUCAGUGCAUGUGCUGCUGAUAAACCUGAUCAAAGGGAAUCUGCUUCCCUCUGCUCUCAUCUGGAUCACCUCUCGACCAGCAGCAGCUGAUCAAAUCCCCUCUGAGUGUGUCCAUCGAGUCACAGAGGUACGAGGGUUCAAUGACCCACAGAAGGAGGAGUACUUCAGGAAGAGAAUCAGUGAUCAGAGCCUGGCCAAUAACAUAAUCACACACCUGAAAUCAUUAAGAAGCCUCUACAUCAUGUGCCACAUCCCAGUCUUCUGCUGGAUUUCAGCCACUGUUCUAGAGAGAAUGUUGGGUGAAGCAGAGAGUGGAGAGAUCCCCAAGACUCUGACUCAAAUGUACACACACUUCCUCAUCAUUCAGACAAACAUCAUAGGAGAAAAGUACUCAAAGAAGCAGGAGAGUGAUGAAAUGCUUCUUAAACUGGGACAACUGGCUUUUCAGCAGCUGAAGAAAGGGAACCUGAUCUUCUAUGAGGAAGACCUGAGAGAGUGUGGCAUCGAUGUGAGAGAAGCAGCAGUGUACUCAGGUGUGUGUACGCAGAUCUUCAGAGAGGAGUUUGGGCUUCAACAGAGUAAAGUGUACUGCUUUGUUCAUCUGAGCUUUCAGGAGCACCUCGCAGCUUUGUAUGUGCACCUGACAUUCAUGAUGGAAAAGAGAAAUGUUCUUGAUCAUAAUCAGGUCUCUAAAUGGUGGAUCUCAAAUGUACACAGGAGUGCUGUAGAUCAGACUUUAGAAAGUCAGACUGGACAUCUGGAUCUUUUCCUUCGCUUUCUUCUGGGUCUCUCACUGAAGUCCAAUCAGAAACUCUUAACUGCCUUAGUAACACAGACAGGAAGUAGCUCCCAGAGCAUAGAGAAAACAGUUCAGUACAUUAAGAAGAAGAUCAGUGGAUAUCUUCCUCCAGAGAAAUCCAUCAAUCUGUUCCACUGUCUGAAUGAACUGGGUGAUAAUUCUCUAGUGGAGGAAAUCCAACACUACCUGAAAUCUGGAAAACAAAGUGAAUUCUCUUCUUCACAGUGGUCUGCUCUGGUGUUUGUGUUACUGACAUCAGCACAGGAUCUGGAAGAAUUUGACCUGAAUAAAUAUAUCAGUACAGAUAAGAUACCAGAAACUGUUCUUCUGAAGAUGAUGCCUGUGAUUGCAGCAUCCAGAAAAGCAAUUAUCAGAUGUGAUUCACUUGGAGUGAGAAGUUGGUCAGCUCUGGUCUCAGCACUCAGCUCAGAAACCUCCAAUCUGAGAGAACUGCAUCUGACUGUGAAAACACUGGAUCUGACUGGGAAUGAACUAGGAGACUCAGGAGUGAAGAGUCUCUGUGCUGGACUGGAGAAUCCUCACUGUAAAGUGGAGACACUGAGGUUGUAUGAUUGUGGUAUCUCAGAUGACGGCUGUACUGCUCUGACUUCAGCUCUGAGAUCAAACCCUUCACAUCUGAGAGGACUGGAUCUGUCUAAGAAUAAAUUAGGAGACUCAGGAGUGAAGAGUCUCUCUGCUGUACUGGAGAAUCCUCAAUGUAAACUGGAGACACUGAGGUUGCGUGAUUGUGAUGUCUCAGGUGAAGGCUGUGCUGCUCUGACUUCAGCUCUGAGAUCAAACCCCCCACACCUGAGAGAACUGAAUCUGUCCUAUAAUAAUGUAGGAGACUCAGGAGUGAAGAGUGUCUCUGCUGUACUGGAGAAUCCUCUCUGUAAACUGGAGAAACUGUGGUUGUAUAAUUGUGGUGUCUCAGAUGAAGGCUGUGCUGCUCUGACUUCAGCUCUGAGAUCAAACCCCUCACACCUGAGAGAACUGGAUCUGUCCUAUAAUAAAAUAGGAGACUCAGGAGUGAAGAGUCUCUCUGCUGUACUGGAGAAUCCUCACUGUAAACUGGAGACACUAUGGUUGCGUGGUUGUGGUGUCUCAGAUGAAGGCUGUGCUGCUCUGACUUCAGCUCUGAGAUCAAACCCCUCACACCUGAGAGAACUGCAUCUGUCUGGUAAUAAAAUAGGAGACUCAGGAGUGAAGCUGCUCUCUGCUCUUAAGCAUGAUAAACAUUACAAACUACAGACACUGUGGGUGGAUUGAACAUCUGUGUGUGUGAUGAAGACUCCGGUGUUCCUGCAUUUCACUGUUGGGGAAUAGAGAACACAUUUAUAAACACAUCACUCAUUUAAUUAUAACACAUUAAACAGACUCAGAGACGUGAGAAGUGUGUGUUCAUCAUGCACAGUGAAUCAGACUGCACACAAUUCUACACUGAGUGUAGAACGACCUCUGACCCCUGAUAAAAUUCCCCAGACCUCAUUCUCAUAAAAACACCUGAGGGAUUAUUAGGAACAGCAGGUGAAAAAACACAUGACCUCGAGCUGAACCCAGUCAGUGGAAGAGAGAGCUAAAAUGGACAGGAACAGUUUCAAGACAUUGGUGGAAUUCUCACCUGACAGGAUUGACAUCUGAGGAGUAUUUAACAGGAAUUUUAUAGCAAAAUAAUUUUGAACACAAAUUUAUGUAACAAACAAAUAUAUUGUUACACUGGGUGUUUUUGUAGAGAAAAGUAAAAAUAUGAAUCACCCCAACAUGCUGAGUCAACAUCAUAACCCAACCUUGCUGAGAUAAAACAGCCCAGACUGAGUCGGUCCACAUUGUACCCAGCGCUGGAUUUCAGAAUCGACCCAAACUGGGUUCUGUUUAACUCAGCAAUUUUAGAGUGGACCUUUUUGAGGAGACUCAACUGGGAAUGAGUGUAUAUGAGCACAAACACCUUCUUUCUGUUGUGUAUCUUUUUACAUGCUUCCCUUUCUCAUCAUACAUACAUACAAGAGAUGAUCUCUUAUAUGUAUAUGAGCACAAACACCUUCUUUCUGUUGUGUAUCAGUUGGUUUUUUACAUGUUUCCCUUUCUCAUCUUUUAAGGCAGGUCAGUAGUGGAAUCUUUUUUCAUGUGUACAUUGUAGACUGUUUUUUGACUAAUUAAUAGCGUACUUAAAUAAAAUGCCUUGUACAUCCUAAC